AUGACCGCCAGCCCAGCGCCAGAGCACAAAUUGGCCGCCAGCCCAAUGCCACAGCUCAAGAUGGUGCCACCGACUCGCCGUCAUAAAGGACGGAGGACGAGGAGACGGGCGUCUACCGUUCCUCAAAGCCUGGAGAACGUUCCCGAGCCGGCUGCUGCUGUCCAGGAGGAUGUUCCCGAGCGGGCCACUGCCGUCCAGGAGGACGUUCUCGAGCAGGCCGCUGCCAUCCAAGGGGACAUUCCCGAGCGGGCCGUUGCCGUCCAGGAGGACGUUCCCGAGCAGGCCGCUGCCAUCCAGGAGGAUGUUUCCGAGCGGACCGCUACCGUCCCCGAGUCGGUGCCCGAAGUGGUACCUGAUGCUGUUCCAGAGGCCGAGGCCGUUACCGAGGCGGUGCCUGAGGCCAUUCCCGAGGCAAUGUCCGAGGUCGCUCCCGAUGCCUUGACCGAGGCGGUGCCCGAGACCGUUCCAGAGACAGUGCCCAAAGCCAAGGCACCUCAGGGAGAUGAGCUGUUCUCCAUCCAUUAUCUAAAAUCUAACCUGAAGAAGAAGUAUCAAUGUGUGUUUGAAGGAAUGGCAAGGCAAGGUGACUCUACUCUUCUAAAUAACAUCUACACAGAUCUGUAUAUCACUCAGGAUUGUAGUGAACAGGUCAAUACUGAACAUGAGGUAAGACAGAUUGAAGUUACUUCCAGACGUUCUGAAUCACAGGAAAUACAGGUUGAAUGCAAACAUUUGUUUGAAGAACCUGAACAUGACAAGCAGAUCAGAACUGUACUGACAAAAGGAGUUGCUGGCAUUGGAAAAUCAGUCUCUGUGCAAAAGUUUGUUCUGGAUUGGGCUGAAGGAAAAGAAAAUCAGGAUAUCCGCUUCAUAUUUCCUUUACCAUUCAGAGAGAUGAACUUAAUGGGAACAGAAACACAAAGUUUGAUGGAGCUUAUAACUCAGUUUUUCCCGGAGACAAAAGGACUUAACCUUGCAAAAAGAAACCAAAAAGUACUGUUCAUUCUUGAUGGAUUGGAUGAAUUUCGUCUUCCUCUAAACUUUUGUAGUAAUGAGCUGUGUUUUGAUGUUUCAUCACAAGUCUCUCUGGAUGUUCUCCUCACAAACCUCAUCAAGGGAAAUCUGCUUCCUUCUGCUCUCAUCUGGAUCACCACCAGACCAGCAGCUGCCAGUAAGAUUCCUCCUGACUGUAUCGACCGGCUGACAGAGAUACGAGGAUUCAAUGAUGCACAAAAGGAGGAGUAUUUUAGAAAAAGAUUCACAGAUAAGAAUCGGGCCAAAGAAAUAAUUGAUCAUGUUAAAAAAUCAAAGAGUCUCUUCAUCAUGUGCCACAUCCCAGUCUUCUGCUGGAUUUCAGCCACUGUUCUCCAGAACAUUUUGAAUGAGAAAAUAAAUAAAGAUCUGAAAAGCAAUCAGGCUGAUGAUACCUCCAAAGCACUGCAGGAAUCAAAUACUGAAGACAUUCCUAAGACUCUGACACAGAUGUACACACACUUUCUCCACUUUCAGAUCCUGCAGAGCAGAAGAAAGUAUGAUGGAGAAUACACACCAGCUUUUUCUUGGGAUAAAGACACCAUCCUUUCACUGGGGAAACUUGCAUUUCAACAGCUGGAAAGAAACAAUUUAAUCUUUUAUGAGUCGGAUCUGGAAGCUUGUGGUAUUGAUGUUUAUAAAGCAUCAGUGUAUUCAGGCAUGUGUACCCAGAUCUUUAAGGAGGAAACUGGGAUCACUGUUGGUACCAUGUACUGCUUUGUUCACUUGAGCAUUCAAGAGUUUAUUGCAGCCCUUUAUGCACAUCUGUGUCUGGACAUUAUCAAAAAUAAUGUGUUUGAUCAUAAGUCUACAGAACAAAAUGAAGCCAUGAUUGAUUUGCUCAAGACUGCGGUGGACAAGGCACUUGAAAGUGACAAUGGACACCUGGAUCUUUUUCUUCGCUUCCUUCUCGGCCUGUCACGUCAAUCCAAUCGGCAACUUUUAAGAGGCCUGUUGACACAGCGAGACUACAGUGACCAGAGCAAAAAGGAAAUCGUUCAAUACAUCAAACAGAAAUUUGAAGAUAAUCUGUCUCCAGAGAGAUCCAUCAAUCUGUUCUACUGUCUGAAUGAACUGAAUGAUCAAACUCUGAUCAAAGAGAUUCAGACUCACUUUAGCAAGGGAAGUCUCUCAUCUGCUGACCUUUCACCUGCCCAGUGGUCUGCUUUGGCUUUUGUUUUGUUGACAUCAGAGGAAGAGAUGGAGGAGUUUGAGCUUCAGAAAUUCAAGAAAUCAGACGAGUGUCUUAUUAGACUUUCAGCAGUCAUCAAAUCUUCCAAAAUAGCUCUGCUAAAUGAUUGUAAUUUAACAGGCAGAAGCUGUUCAGCUCUGGUUACAGUUCUUGGACCAGACUCCAAUCUGAAAGAACUGAACAUGAGCAACAAUAACUUGCAGGAUUCAGGAGUGAAGCUGCUCUCCUCUGCUUUGAAGAGUGUAAAGUGUAAAUUGGAGAUACUGCGACUUUCAGACUGCAGUAUCACUGAAGAAGGUUAUAAAGCUUUGGCUUCAGCUCUGAGAUCAAACCCUUCACACCUGAUAGAGCUGGAUCUCACAGGAAAUGAUCCUGGACAAUCAGGAGUGAAGGAGCUCAUUGAUUUACUUCAGAAUCCAAACUGCCAACUGAAGACACUGAGGUUUUUGAGUCCUGCUGCAGAAGAAGCCUGUCAGUAUGUGACUGAAGUUGUGGGUAAAAAUCCAUUACUCCUUAGAAAGCUGAAUCUGAGUGAAUGUGAACUAGGAGACACACGAAUGAAUCAGAUCAGUGCUCUACUGAAAGAUAAACACUGUAAACUCAACACACUAAAGCUGUGUGGUUGUGGUCUAACAGAGGAAAGCUGUUCAGCAAUCGCUACAGUCCUGAGAUCAAACCCCAGUCUAAAAGAACUUGACAUGAGCAACAAUAAUCUGCAGGAUUCAGGGGUGAAGAAACUCCAGAAUGGAUUAGAAAAUAUAAACUGCACACUGGAGAAGCUUGGUCUUUCAGACUGCAGUAUCACUGAAGAAGGUUAUAAAGCUCUGGCUUCAGCUCUGAGAUCAAACCCUUCACACCUGAUAGAGCUGGAUCUCAGAGGAAAUGAUCCUGGAGAAUCAGGAGUGAAGGAGCUCAGUGAUUUACUACAUGAUCCAAACUGUCAACUGAAGACACUGAGGUUUUUGGGUCCUGCUGCAGAAGAAGCCUGUCAGUAUGUGACUAGAAUUGUGGGUAAAAACCCGUUACUCCAGAGAGAACUAAGUAUGAGUGAACAUGAACUAGGGGAGACACGGGUGAAACAGAUUGGUGCUCUACUACAGGAUAAACACUGUAAACUCAACACACUGCUUCUGUGUGAUUGCAGUAUUACAGAGAAACAGUGUCUAAUCCUGACUUCAGCUCUGAAAUCAAACCCAUCACACCUGAGAGAACUGGAUCUCAGUGUGAAUCAAAUAAACAACAAAGGAGUGAAUCACUUUUGUGAUGUCCUGAAGGAUUCAGACUGUAAACUGGAGAGAUUGAGGUUAGGGUUCUGUUAUAUGACAGAUGGAGGUUGUUCUGCUCUGGCUUCAGCUCUGAAAUCAAACCCAUCACACCUGAGAGAACUGGACCUGAAAGAGACUGAACUUGGAGACUCUGGAGUUUUAAACCUCAGUGAUCUACUGAUGAACCCACAAUGCAAGCUGGAGAAACUAGAUCUGAGUGGAUGCAGUAUUACAGAGAAACUGUGUUUCAUUCUGACUUCAGCUCUGAAAUCAAACCCAUCACAUCUGAGAGAGCUGAACUUGAGUCGGAUUAACCUACUAGACUCUGGAGUGAAAAACCUUAGUGAUCUACUGAUUAACCCACAAUGCAAACUGGAAAAACUACAUCUGAUUGGAUGCAGUAUUACAGAGAAACUGUGUUUUAUCCUGACUUCUGCUCUGAGAUCAAACCCAUCACACCUGAGAGAACUGGAUCUGAGUGGGAAUAAACCAGGAAACACUGGAGUUAAAAACCUCAGUGAUCUACUGAUGAACCCACAAUGCAAAGUGGAGAAGCUAGAGCUGUGUAAUUGCAGAGUUACAGAGAAACAGUGUAUCAUCCUGACUUCAGCUCUGAAAUCAAACCCUUCACACCUGAGAGAACUGAACCUCAGUUGGAAUCAAAUAAAAAACACAGGAGUGAAUCAUUUAUGUGACGUACUUAUGGAUUCACACUGUAAAUUUGAGAGGCUGAGUCUAAUCUGCUGUGGCAUUACAGAUGUUUCUUCCUUAACUCGGUCUUUAACAAACACAAAAGCACUGGAGUUUCUAAAAGAGCUUGAUCUGAGUCACAAUAACAUUGGAGACUCAAAGCAUCCGCUCAAUGAUGUGCUACAAAACUCAACCUGUAAAGUGAGGUGA